GUCAUACCUUGUACCCUUGUCUUGUUCAGUACCUGGUGGUUUGGUCGGAAACAGAACGAUGGGAGCAGAAACUGAAGCGCAGGAAAAGCACGCAGAAGAGAGGCCAAGACCUUCUACCACUACUCUCACACAGGAUCAGUUCCUCUCAUGGAAGCGCCAGAAGGAUGCUGCUGCAUCAGCCAGAAAAGCUGAAGCAUCCAGGAAACGUGCUGAGGAUAUUGCAGCAGGAACAGUCCAAAUGAAUGGUUGGGAGCUGUUUGUGCAUGAGCCAUGGGUGUUUGAUAACUCAAGUUAUUGAGGUUUCUUUUCAUUGGCUCAAAAAAUUGUUUAUGGUCAUGCUUUGAAUAAUUUUAUUGUAAAUUAAGUAUUUUUAUUCAUGCUUGUACUGUGGUGGGGUUCAUCUAUUAGAUUUUAUUAUCUUUGUGA